AUGUCGGAUAUCCCUCUAAGGAAGCUCAAACGAAACAGGGGAGACUAUACACCACUCGACGACGCUGAGGCGCGAAUCACCUUGCAGUCGCCCGACAUGCAUCGGUCGACCACAAUCAUCGGUGCCGCAUCACGCUCAGGGAGAAACUUUGGACGCUCGCGAUUGCAGCAGAGAUAUGUAGACGACCCAGAAGAGCGGGCCGGACUGUUAGACGACGCCUACGAGGACGACGACGACAGCGAUGCCCAGCCACGGUCGAACCGUACACCCCCAACACCACGUUCUCCAGCACCACCAUUAAAAUCUGUUGGUCCUGGUCCCAAAGACAAGUCAAGGACCAUCCCUUUCAAUCCUCCAGAGAAGCUUCAGUCGAAAUUCCCGGCCAACAUCGUGCGGAACCAGAAGUACAACGUCUUCACCUUCCUCCCCGUCGUCCUCUACGAGCAGUUCAAGUUCUUCUUCAACCUAUAUUUCCUCCUAGUCGCGCUGUCUCAAUUUGUCCCAGCAUUGCGGAUAGGUUUCCUUGUGACCUACAUUGCGCCUCUCGCUUUUGUUCUGUCCGUCACCAUUGGGAAGGAAGCAUACGAUGAUUACAAACGCCAUCUCAGAGACAAGGAAGCGAACUCCCAGCGCUACCUUAUUCUCGAACGGCCAACACCUACCUCCGGGAGAAACUCGCCAGAAGAAGAAGAGUAUCUCAGUGCACACGCCAAUACGCGAUCUGUUCCCUCAUCCUCGCUCCGCGUUGGCGACCUCAUCCACCUGGAGAAGAAUCAACGCGUUCCAGCGGACGUCGUCCUUCUCAAGACAUCAGAUGCAUCCGGAACCUGCUUCAUUCGAACGGACCAGCUCGACGGUGAAACUGAUUGGAAACUCCGUGUCGCCGUCCCAGAAACCCAGAAGAUGGACGAGAAAGAUCUACCCCGACUAGACGCUGAGGUCUAUGCGGACCCGCCCAUCAAGGAUAUCCACACCUUCGUUGGAACCUUUACCCUGAACAAGCCCCAUCCUUCAAGCACCGUGAACGUGGAUGCCGACUCCGUACCCUUGCAAAACAUGUCCCCUUCCGUGGCUCCUUUGACAGCCGAGAAUAUUCUGUGGUCCAACACAGUGUUGGCUGCAGGUUCAGCUGUUGGGUUCGUGAUCUACACUGGCUCGGACACUCGCGCAGUGAUGAACACAAGUCAUCCUGAAACAAAGGUCGGCUUGUUGGACUACGAGAUCAACAAUCUGGCCAAGAUUCUUUGCGCGGUGACAUUCGCUCUGUCGUUCGUGCUCGUCGCCCUAAACGGGUUCCGUGGUCUGUGGUACAUCUACGUGUUCCGCUUCCUUAUCCUCUUCUCCUCGAUCAUUCCCAUUAGUUUGCGUAUCAAUCUCGACAUGGGCAAAACGGUGUAUGCACAUCAGAUCAUGAACGAUAAGGAGAUUCCGAACACCAUUGUUCGUACAAGCACCCUUCCCGAGGAGCUGGGGCGGAUCACAUACCUACUCAGUGAUAAGACCGGUACACUGACUCAGAACGGCAAGUCCCUGAUUUCGCCGAAAAUGGAGAUGAGGAAGCUUCAUAUGGGGACCAUGUCAUACGGUGCUGACUCCAUGGAUGAGGUCGCACAUCAAUUGGCGGUGGCGUUUGGUGCAGAACAUGGGUCGUUAUCAACUGGGGCUCAACUUGCCACGAGAGGUAAACGGGAUAUGUCUUCCCGUGUCCGCGAUGUGGUUCUCAGCCUAGCACUCUGUCACAAUGUAACUCCAGUGACAAAUGAAGAUGGGACCGUGACUUAUCAAGCAUCUUCACCGGACGAAGUUGCGAUCGUAAAUUGGACAGCCUCUGUCGGCCUCACUCUCGUCUUCCGUGAUCGAACCAAAAUGGAAUUGCAGGACCCAUCCGGAGCAAGGAUGACCUUUGACAUCCUCGAAAUCUUCCCUUUCACCUCGGAAUCCAAGCGCAUGGGUAUCGUGGUGCGGGACGUGUCAACUGGAGAAAUCAUGUUCUUGCAGAAGGGAGCGGAUGUUGUGAUGGCGAAGAUCGUCCAGCGCAACGACUGGUUGGAAGAGGAAACCGCGAACAUGGCACGUGAAGGUCUUCGAACCCUCGUCAUGGCGAGGAAACGGCUCAGCUCUCAGCUGUACAACGAGUUUGUAAAGGAGCACCAUGCUGCCAGCAUCAGGCUCGAAGGGAGGAACGAAGCCAUGGCUGCGGUUGUCGAGCAGUACCUUGAACAUGACCUCGAGCUUCUGGGAUUGACAGGGGUUGAAGACAAGUUGCAGGACGAUGUGAAAUCGACAUUGGAGCUCCUCCGCAACGCUGGGAUCAAGAUUUGGAUGUUGACGGGUGACAAAGUGGAAACCGCUCGUUGUAUUGCGAUUUCGACGAAACUGGUAGCCAGGAACCAGUACAUUCACGAGCUGUCGAAGCUGAAAACCGCCGACCAGAUCCGAGAUCAGCUCGACUUCCUGCAGAACAAGUUGGAUUGCUGCUUGGUCAUCGAUGGCGAAUCGCUACAGCUCUGUCUGAACCUCUUCCAAAACGAGUUUAUUGAGAUUGCAACGAAGCUUUCUGCGGUGGUGGCUUGUCGAUGCUCGCCUACCCAGAAGGCUGAUGUGGCUAGGCUUAUUCGGAAGUUCACGAAGAAGAGGGUGUGCUGUAUCGGAGACGGAGGUAACGAUGUGAGCAUGAUCCAGGCAGCAGAUGUUGGUGUCGGUAUCGUGGGCAAGGAAGGAAAACAAGCAUCACUAGCGGCCGAUUUCUCCGUCACACAGUUCAGCUACCUCACCAAGCUCCUGCUCUGGCACGGCCGCAACUCGUAUCGUCGUUCGGCCAAGCUGGCUCAAUUCGUCAUCCACCGUGGCUUGAUCAUCUCGAUUAUGCAGGCCGUGUUCUCGGCCAUCUUCUACUUUGCUCCGAUCGCGUUGUAUCAGGGCUGGUUAUUGGUUGGAUAUGCGACGGUGUAUACUAUGGCCCCUGUGUUCUCUCUUGUCCUCGAUCGGGAUGUUAGCGAGGACCUUGCCUUGCUGUAUCCGGAGCUGUAUAAGGAACUGACGAAGGGACGUUCGUUGUCGUACAAGACGUUCUUCCAAUGGUGUAUGAUCAGUCUUUACCAAGGGGCGGCCAUCAUGAUCAUGUCGCUCGUCCUCUUUGAGACUGAGUUCCUGCAUAUCGUAUCUAUUUCGUUCACUGCUCUUAUUUUGAAUGAACUUAUCAUGGUUGCUUUGGAGAUUACGACAUGGCAUCUUUACAUGGUCAUCUCGGAAAUCGUCACGCUAUUCUUCUAUGUCGCGAGUAUGGCUUUCCUUCCCGAGUAUUUCGAUCUUACCUUUGUUGUUUCUGUUGCUUUCGCAUGGAAGACAGCUGUUAUCGUCGCUAUCAGCACAAUACCCCUGUAUAUUAUCAAGCUGAUUCGUAGAAAGGUGGCUCCAGCCGCAUCUAGCAAACUGUUGUAA